CGGAAAAAAGAUAAACGCUAAGUCACGCUAGUAAUAUUGAAAGCACAGAUGAUCUUUGAUCUCUAAUCACUAUGUUCAAGACGGAAAAUGUGUAAUGGCCGUAUUUUACCACAUAUUUGCAGUGAAACACGGCUCCAAAAAAGUACAUAUAUACGAAAAAAGGAUCUAAUAUAAAAUGAACACACUAAUUCAUACGAAAGCGAUGAUAAUCGGCCACGGCAGAACGAUCCGACAAUAUGGUUGUUUCAAGUUGUGGUACAAUACCAAUCAAAUACAUGGAAGUCUGGCACUUAUUUACACUGGUAAAAGAGAUCCAAGAAACACUAGAGUAUUAAUACAUUCUACAAUAACACAAACCUGUAAUAAUAUUAAUAUUAAUCCGUCAUAUUUGCAACUCCGUACGUUUUAUAUAACACCGACAUGGAAGGGUCAAGAAUCAUCUUCCAAAGUGGAAGAUACAGUGAAAAAUAUCAAAGAACAAAAGGAACUCAAAGAGAAAAUGGAUAGUACUGUUAAACAGUCUACUUCCAAAGCAGUGGUAGAAAAGCGUACCCUAUGGCAGAAAGUCAAGGGAGAGAUAUUGCAUUAUUAUCAUGGGUUUAGAUUAUUGGGGCUUGAUAUGAAAAUUUCAGCAAAGCUAGUUUGGAGAAUUUUGCGAGGUAAAGAACUUAGCAGAAGAGAACACAGAUUGCUUAUAAAAACAACUGGUGACCUGUUUAGGCUUAUUCCGUUCUCUGUUUUUAUUAUCGUUCCUUUUAUGGAAUUUCUAUUACCCCUUGCUAUCAAGAUUUUCCCUGGCAUGCUACCAUCCACCUUCCAAACGGCAACAGAGAAGGAGGAUAAAUUGAAACAAGCACUAAAGAUUAAAAUUGAGAUGGCUAAAUUCCUACAAAAAACACUGGAUGACAUGGCAGUACAGUCGUCGGAUUAUAGGUCGACAAAGGCUAAGGAGUUUGCGGAAUUCUUCUAUAAAGUUCGAACCUCUGGUACCACAGCCACAAAUGAAGAAAUAAUGCAAUUUAGCAAACUUUUUGAGGAUGAAAUUACAUUGGACUCCCUUUCGCGGCCACAAUUAGUGGCAUUGUGUAGAGUAUUAGAUGUGCAAACUCUGGGAACGACGAACUUUUUACGAUUUUUACUUCAAAUGAGAUUGAGAAGUCUUUCUGCGGAUGACAAGCUGAUAGAAAAGGAAGGUAUAGAAUCUUUGACUAGAAGUGAAUUACAGCAAGCCUGUAGGGCACGCGCAAUGCGAGCAUACGGUUUGCCGGAAAGCAAGUUGAAAGAGCAAUUGUCUCAAUGGCUGGACUUGAGUCUGAACAAAAAAGUCCCACCAUCGUUAUUGCUUCUCUCGCGAGCACUCAUGGUCCCAGAAACCAUACCGAUGUCGGACAAAUUGAAGGCUACUAUUUCAGCCCUUCCUGACACUGUUGUCGCCCGUACUCAAGGAGCAAUUGGGGAGAAGGAAGGUAAAAUGGAUCAUAAGACUAAUAUUGAAAUAAUCAAGAUGGAAGAGCGUAAGAUCGAGGAGGAACGGCAAGAGAAGAAGGAAAGCGAGCCUCAGCCAUCAGUCUUUAUGGAAAAGGCUGACGAAAUUACAAAUACAGACGUGAAAGUGUUAGAGCAGGCUUUAGAUAAUAUUGGAAAGGAUAAGAAGAAGAUGUCGGUGGAGAAGGAGGAAUUGAAGGAGCUGAAAGAAGAGAUGGCCGAUUAUCAGGAAGAUCUUAAAGAACUUUAUGAAAUUAAAGCGGCUGCGAAGGGCCAGGAAGAUGUAGAAAGUAUUAAAGAGUCCAAGGGCGCUAAGCGAUUAUUUAAUAAAGUGAACAAGAUGAUUGGAAAGAUGGAUGCGGUGUUGGAGCAGUUGGAAUCCAAGAAGCAAGUUAAACAGAAGGCUGUAGGCUCUGAUGCAGAGGAAUCCCCUUCUUCUAAAAACGUCGAGGAAUUAGUUAGAAUCGACGAAUUAAUUAUCGCUAUUAAACAAAUUCAAAAUGUACCUGAUGAGCAUCGGUUACGUCGCAUAGCAGAAAUUUUGGCAAAAAUUGAUGACGACAGAGAUGGUUCUAUAAAGAUUGAAGAUGUUCUAAAGGUUGUGGAACUAAUUGGAAAGGAAGAUAUUAAAUUAAGUAAAAAUCAAGUACAUGAAUUAAUCGAGUUAAUCGAUAAAGAAGAAAUCUUAGAAGUAGAAGAACAAAUUCAAAAGUCAUUACAGAAAGAGUCGAAAUCGGAAAGUUCGAAAACGAAAGAAAAUUCCGAAGAGAAAUAUAUUCCGCCAAUAUCUCCAGUUCCUGCGACACCCGUAACGACUGAAAAAGGUUUUGGUAAAGAGGAAUUAGACGAAGAUUACACUGCACACUCACCCAAACAGGAAAGAGAGAAGUCGGCUGCGGUUCUUAAAGGUAGUUCCUCUUCCGACGCAGUGAGAAAUGCCCCAUUGGGCCCUGGUGUCCCACCACCGACAAAAAAAGCGGAAGGCUCUAAACAGCUGUGAUUACCGCACAAUAAACUAUAAAUUAAUGUAUGUAAUUAUUAAUACAAUCUUUUUACCGGACAUUCAUCGAAGGAGAUAAUGCAUCGUCAUCUCUAUAUAUAUUUUCACGCAUACAUUUUUUUAGCAACUGAGUUUGAAUACAGUGAAAAUCUUUUACGAAGUCUUGAGACACAGGAAAAGUCUUCAUAGGAUAAUUACAAUAGUUUACAUGUACGUAUCAAACGGUUCUAUCAUGAAACGCUGCCGCAUACAUAGUCUUCGCUACUUAGGAACAAGUUUUACCGAAAUCGCUAAAAGAACGUUGAACGAAUUUUUGUAUUUAUUAUGAAAGCAGAUUUUGAAUAUUUUCAUUAAGACUGCGAUGCAUUUAACGGCAUCUGUUUGUCAUUUUGAUCUAGAAAUUGCAAGACAUCUGUGCUGGCCACAAAAUCACCACCUUAUAUGCAAAUUCUUGAAUAUGGAAAAAAUAUUGUUUAAAAAAUUAUACGUGACAAUACUGCAGUCGUUGAUAUUGUUGAUUAGCAAUGAGAUUACAAACCGAGCAACCUGUUUUUGUUUUAGUGAAGCUCAAUUCCAAAAUAUUGUACUAUCGCGAAGAAUCAUUCCACCUGUCCGAGUAUUGACUAUUGUUACAGAACUAUAAACAAUAAACACAGAUCUCUGUGAGUGAAGUUCAAGGAAAGAUAUAUUGUACAUUUAUAGGAUAAAGUAAUUUUAUUAACUGUAAUGUACAUAA